AUGGCCUGUGCUGAACCACAUUUUGUUCUGCCGGUUGUGGCCUGCGUUGAGCAACUGCCCGCAGCCUUGUGCGCAACCGCAAGACGGUCGGGGGUCGUUGACUGUUGUUUUGAUCUCUGUGGCACGCCCGAUCUCGAGUCAAUGAUUGCGUUUUGUGAGGUCUUCUACGACUGGUUGGCCCUCGAUCCCCGGCACACCGUCCUGUUCCACGCGGAGAGCGCUGCAGCUCUUCAGCGACUCCUCAUUCUCCUCUACUCCUAUGCCUGCUUCUGUGAUUCCAUGGAAAGGAAAAAUAUGAAUAUCAGCCGAUGUAUCAAGGAGUAUAUAUCCGGCUAUCCCAACGGCAGCGUGCGCCCCUCUGUGGCGUUCCUUCGGUACGCCGAGUACAUGUCCCUCUUCUCCCCCUAUCGUCGAAUGGGCCUUCUGCGAGCAACUAUGUCCAUCCACUGUAUAGCCAUCUUCAAUUUUCCCCUCUUCGCGGACAGCUGCAUCAGUGUUUUUUUCAAGUUCUACUCCUAUUCGCCUCUGCGGCCCAUCUACACUACCGCAACGUGAUUUUGCGAUGUGAUUGCCCGUGUUAGGACUAGAAAGGAAUUUCCCGGCCUUGAAUUUUUUUAA